UUCUCCAAGAAACAUCUAAUUUUGAUUCAGAGUCUGAGUCGUCAGAUGAUGAAAAUGAAAGUGACAUAUCCUUUGAUAUUCAAGAAAAUCAGACUAAAAAUGACACUGAAUUAAUUACCCCCGGCUCAAAAAAAAUGUCUUUUGCUAAUGCAGAAACUCGUAAUAAUACUAUUAAUGAAUAUAGACUUCAACUUCACCAACUAAUGAAUAUACAAUCACCAACAUCAAAUAAAAAUAUUACUUCACCUAGCUCAAAAAACCUCUUCCCUAAUAAUAUUUUUAAGAAGCUUAUAUUUGGUAGUGCUCAAAGAUCAGUUGAAUUUACGGAUGAAUUGGAUUCUUAUCUUGACUUAAAGCAAACACCAUAA